AUGUUUUCAGCAUGGUAUAUUCCUCCAGAAUGGAUUGACGAGAACCAACCACCACCAAAGACUAUUAUUCAGGCAGCCCAGUUAGCUUCAAAAGCGGCCAAGUCGAAUCCCGAGCGACGCGUUCCAUUCUCAAAUAUCCCCCUUUUGAUUCAUCAAAAAUGGGAUACUACUCGACUAAACGGCACAAAGGAUAUGAUUGUUUCUUAUAUCGAAGACUGGCUGGUGGCUUCCAUCUCACCUCCUACUGGAUCGAGUCGCAUGGCAUAUUUUCUUUGGGACAACGAAGGCAUUUCGGCAUUAGUCAAGGAGUAUGAGAAGGACUUGACGGCUGAUUUUACCGAAGUAUUCUCCCCGGUGGAGAAAGUUGACAUUUUCCGGGUUAUAGCUUGUAAAUGGUUUGGAGGCAUUUAUGGCGAUGUCGACACAAAACCACUUCAACACCCUUCCAAGUGGCUUGAUUCGGCCGACAUUUCCGAAUGGACUGAUGAGAUGACUGGGAAAAGCUAUGGCUUGGAUAGUACCGCAUUAACGCGUGUGAGCCAAAGCCUAAACGAGUCUCAGCCAGUUAAUGCUAUUUGGGGGAUUGAAUGCGAUGCGAAUCCGAAUACAAAUGAUCACUGGCGCUGGGCGUACACGUAUCCCCUUCAACUUACAAACUGGGCAUUUGCGUCCGCCCCAAACCAGCCUAUACUCCAACAUUACUUGGAUCUUAUACCGGAUAAGGCUGCGGAAGCCAGAAAUAAAGCUUCGCAGUCGGGCGUCAGUGUUUCUGACUUGCAUUAUGACCCAGUCACACGCACCGGACCGGUAGCUGUUACAGAUGCUACCAGCUGGUGGUUAGAAGAGCACGAUGGCUUGCGAUGGAAUGCACUGACAGGCCGAGAAGACGGUGGGAAGCCGAAGCUAGUUGGUGAUGUCAUAAUUCUUCCUAUAACCGGAUUUAGUCCAACACAAGAGAAACACAGCAGAAUGGGUGAAAAGCCUUGGGACGAUCCGGAGGCCAGACUUGCCCAUGUAGCUAUGGGUUCAUGGCGUCACACAAAUCUUAUAGUAGAAUAUGGUAAAUUUUGCCGCACUUUUUUCGGCAUGUGUAAGGAUUGGCAAAAGAUGUGGUAA